AUGGAAAAAGAAGAUGAGGAGUCGGACGAGGAUGAUGCUUUUCUCAACUCCUCAUUGGAAAUCAUUAAUGGACUUUCCAGGGGCAUUGAGGUAUCACACCUCACAGAACAACUGAAGAAGCCUACAAAUUCGUAUGAUUCAGCUGCUACUGAUUCCAUUUUUAAUACUUUGAAGAUCCUCUCCAAGAGCUCACUAAAUAAUACAUUGGCGUCGUUAUCUCCGUCACCAAGUUCUUCUCCAACGCCCGACAAGUUAACUGACUCUCCAGACAAUUGUUUAGCGCUUGAUGAUUUCGCAAGUGGCGAUCAAAAUGAGAGAAGCAGGCUAUCGUUCAGCCCAACAAAGCAAAUAGGAACUUUCGCUCUUGCCGAAGAGGAGCAGCUCAGAAGUAUUGAGGCGGUUGUUCCACGGCUUGCCUUGGAAUUUUCUCCUACUACAUCAGUGCAUCACUCACCUUUGUCCACUCUACGAGAAGAUCUUGCAGCCCACGACUCGCCAAGGUUACAUUCAUCACUUAGCGAGUUUUCAAGUCAUUGUCAUCAGUGUCAUAUUCGGCGUAACUCCCUUAAUCCUUCAGAUUUCCUAUACUUAUUUCUUUUCGGCUUAGGUACAGCUUUGAUUUUUUAUUAUCUUUACGUUCCUCCGCUUUACAAGGGUCCUGUGAUUUGA